AGUCCUCUUGCCGCGAGGUUGCUGCUUGCCCACAAGAGGAGAACCUGGCCGUGCAGAAGGGAGGCCCCACCGCGCACCAGCUUUUUCAGCAGCGAGGGCUGACGCGGCUCCUUUAAGAGCCGCAGGUCUAUGGAAAUGAGCCUCGCAGAGCUGCUGCCGCAGCGGAGCCGAGCCGGGCUUGCUUGGCAGGCGGCUAGACCUUAGCUGGCUGCGGCGGGAGAGCAGGCAGCGGCGGACCUGCUCGGGCUCAUCGGGAGAACCCGGCGGGGGGGGAGCCCGUCGGCUCGGAUUUCCCAUUUGGCAUGAAGCGCAAUUGCUGAUCGCUGGACGGACAAAACGAAAACCGGACUGCGGGCGGUGGGAGAUGGGCGGCGGCGGCGGCGGCGCCCCCGGCCGGGCUGUGCUGCUACUGCUGGCGCUGGGGAUCCCCCGUUCCCGCGCCGACGGCUCCGAACCGCCCCCUCCCUGCGCCCCCUUCAGGGACCCUCGGCUGCCUGAGCGGCCGCUGUCACCACGGAGCGAACCGGCCGCUUGCGCCGAGCCGCCGCCGCUAUGGCUUUGCCGGGUUUCGCGUCCGGCCCGCGGCCUCUGGGCGCACCUGCUGGGGCCGCGGUGCGAUGGUGCUUCGGCGGCGGCGGCGGCGGCGGGCGAGGAUGGAGAGCUGUUGCUGUUAAGCCACCUUCUCUUGGCCCCGGUUCCGGCCGGUCGAUUCCGCAGAGGGAGAAGCCGGACUCUAUGCUUGAAACCGGGCACCCACAUUCCUUUGCCGUCCGCUAGCUCGCGGGGCGGCUGCCAGCUAAGGUGUGCGGUGCAAGGCGGCGGCGGCGGCGGCAGCGAAGGCGAAAACGACGUUAGAGACAAGCGUGGGCCGUUGCAUCCCCAGGGAGAAUUGAUACUGCCCCCACGAGCCCUGUGUCUCCGGCCGGGACGCCCGUUACGAUUGGGGCUGUCGUGCCAACUCUGCGAUGAGAAGACGGAGAUCUUGGUCCACUGGCUCUUGGCGGUGGGCUCUUCACAGCAGGAGAUGGAGAAGUUGUGGCCCUCGGAGGGGUGUGGCUGCCAAGGUGAGGGGGGCAGCAGAAGGAAGCGGGAUGUGAAUACCGGCCCCCAGUUCCAGAUGCCCACCUACCAAGUAUCAGUGCCAGAGAACAGACCAGCAGGCACACCUGUGAUCUUGCUGAGGGCCGUGGACCCUGAUGAGGGGGAUGCGGGCCGAUUGGACUACUCCAUGGAUGCUCUCUUCGACAGCCGUUCCAACAGCUUCUUUGCCAUUGAUCCCCAGACAGGAGCCGUGACUACAGCUGAAGAGCUGGAUCGAGAAACCAAAAGCACCCAUGUGUUCCGGGUGACAGCGACAGACCACGGCAUACCACGUCGCACAGCUCUGGCCACACUCACAAUCACUGUCAGUGACACCAACGACCAUGAUCCUGUGUUUGAGCAGCAGGAGUAUAAGGAGAGCAUGCGGGAGAACCUUGAGGUUGGCUAUGAAGUGUUGACAGUGAGAGCAACCGAUGGUGAUGCCAGCCCCAAUGCCAACAUCCUGUACCGCAUUUUGAACGGGAAUGGGGUCAACAGGAUCUUUGAGAUUGACCCCAAGUCUGGAGUCAUCCGUACCAAUGGCCUUGUGGACAGAGAAGCUGUGGAAUCCUACCAGCUGAUAGUGGAGGCCAAUGACCAGGGCCGAGACCCGGGAGCGCGCAGCAGCACGGCCACAAUUCAUAUUACAGUGGAGGAUGACAAUGACAACUCACCGCAAUUCAGUGAGAAGCGUUAUAUUGUACAGGUACCGGAGAAUGUGGCCUCAAAUACCCACAUCCUGCAGGUAAAUGCCACAGACAGGGACAAAGGCAGCAAUGCUAUGGUGCAUUAUAGCAUAAUGAGUGGCAACACACGGGGACAAUUUUACAUAGAUGCCCAAAUAGGUAAUAUUGAUGUAGUCAGCCAGCUUGAUUAUGAGAUGAAUAAGGAAUACACUCUUCGCAUUAGGGCCCAAGAUGGAGGAAGGCCUCCUCUUUCCAACAUCAGUGGGCUGGUGACCAUCCAGGUACUGGAUGUGAAUGACAAUGCUCCUAUCUUUGUUAGCACCCCUUUCCAGUCCACAGUGUUGGAAAAUGUACCUGUGGGCUAUUCUGUUAUUCACAUCCAAGCCAUUGAUGCAGAUUCUGGGGAGAAUGCCCGACUUGAAUAUGCUCUGGUUGACAUGAGUCCCAAUUUCCCUUUUACUAUCAAUAACAACACAGGCUGGAUUGUAGUGGCUUCUGGUUUGGAUCGUGAAGCUGUGGACUUUUAUAAAUUUGGGGUUGAGGCCAGAGAUCAUGGUAGCCCUCCAAUGACUUCUUCAGCAAGUGUUAGUAUUACUGUUUUGGAUGUCAACGAUAACAAUCCUGAAUUCACGCAAAGGGAAUAUACCAUGCGUCUCAAUGAAGAUGCAGCGGUGGGCACCAGUGUUCUUAUUGUCUCAGCCAUUGAUCGGGAUGUCAACAGCGUCAUCACCUAUCAGAUCACGAAUGGGAAUACUCGCAAUCGCUUCUCCAUCACCAGCCAGAGUGGUGGUGGUCUCAUCACUCUGGCCCUACCCUUGGAUUAUAAAUUAGAACGGCAGUACCUUCUUACAAUCACAGCUUCUGAUGGCACUCGAUUUGACACAGCUCAGGUCUUUGUUAAUGUAACUGAUGCUAAUACACAUCGGCCAGUGUUCCAGAGCUCCCAUUACACUGUUAACAUCAAUGAGGACAGUCCAGUGGGUACAACUGUAGUUAUUAUCAGUGCUACGGAUGAAGAUACAGGGGAGAAUGCUCGCAUCACUUACUUCAUGGAAGAUAGUAUUCCUCAGUUUAAAAUUGAUAUAGAUACUGGUGCUGUGACAACUCAGAUGGAAUUGGAUUACGAAGACCAAGUAUCCUAUACUUUGGCAAUUACAGCUCGUGACAAUGGCAUCCCACAGAAAUCAGAUACCACCUAUCUAGAAAUACUAGUUAAUGAUGUCAAUGACAAUGCCCCUCAGUUUUUAAGGGAUAAUUACCAAGGAUCUGUCUAUGAGGAUGUACCUGGUUUCACAAGUGUCCUACAGGUUUCUGCUACAGAUAGAGACUCUGGGAUGAAUGGGAGAGUGUUCUAUACCUUUCAGGGUGGAGAUGAUGGUGAUGGAGACUUCAUAAUUGAAACCACCUCUGGUAUUGUUAGGACGUUGCGUAGACUGGACAGGGAAAAUGUUCCACUCUACGAGCUUAGAGCAUAUGCAGUUGAUAAAGGAGUACCAGCCAUGAGGACUCCAAUUGAUGUCCAUGUCACUAUUCUUGAUGUCAAUGACAACCCCCCUGUCUUUGAGCAUGAUGAGUUUGACAUCUUUGUGGAAGAAAAUAGUCCAAUAGGCUUAGUGGUGUCCCGAAUCACUGCCAGUGAUCCAGAUGAGGGUACCAAUGCUCAAAUUAUGUAUCAGAUAGUGGAAGGUAAUAUUCCGGAGGUCUUCCAACUUGAUAUCUUCUCAGGAGAGUUGACAGCACUGAUGGAUUUGGAUUAUGAGACCAAGUCUGAGUAUGUCAUAGUAGUCCAAGCUACUUCAGCUCCACUGGUAAGCCGGGCUACUGUGCAUGUUCGCUUACUGGAUAAGAAUGACAAUGUUCCAGUCUUGAAGAACUUUGAGAUCAUAUUCAAUAACUACAUCACCAACAAGUCCAGCAGUUUCCCCACUGGAGUGAUUGGCAAGAUCCCAGCCUAUGAUCCUGAUGUUUCUGAUAGUCUUACAUACAGUUUUGAGCAAGGCAAUGAAUUGAAACUUGUUCUCUUGAACCACAGUACUGGAGAACUACGUUUGAGCAGAGCCCUGGAUAACAAUAGACCUUUGGAGGCAACCAUGAGAAUUUCUGUAACAGAUGGGAUCCACAGCGUUGCUGCCCAGUGCAUGCUUCAGGUGACCAUUAUCACAGAUGAGAUGCUGACCAACAGUAUCACUUUGCGACUGGAGAACAUGUCCCAAGAACGCUUCCUUUCACCACUGCUGGCUCUCUUUCUUGAAGGAGUAGCAACUGUAUUAUCCGCUCCCCGUGAUCAUGUUGUUCUUUUCAACAUCCAGAAUGACACGGAUGUUCAGGCUGCCCAAAUCCUGAAUGUUAGUCUGUCAGUACAAUUGCCUGAUAGAAUCCACGGCAGCCAUUAUAUUCCUUCAGAAGAUCUCCAAGAACGACUGUACCUCAACCGGACACUCUUGACUGCUAUUACGGAGCAGAAGGUCUUGCCUUUUGAUGAUAACAUUUGUUUGCGGGAACCCUGUGAGAAUUAUAUGCGCUGUGUCUCGGUGUUGAAGUUUGACAGCUCAGCACCCUUCAUUUCCUCCAACACUAUACUUUUCCGUCCUAUCCACCCUGUCAACGGUCUGCGUUGCCGUUGCCCACUGGGUUUUACUGGUGAUUAUUGUGAAACUGAGAUUGAUCUUUGCUAUUCCAAUCCAUGUGGAAAUAAUGGCCAUUGCCAAAGCCGGGAAGGAGGAUAUACUUGUGAGUGCCAAGAAGGCUACACUGGAGAGAACUGUGAAGUGAAUUCCCGGUUGGGCCGCUGUACCCCUGGUGUCUGCAAGAAUGGUGGCACCUGUGUCAACCUGCUGGUGGGUGGUUUCAAGUGUGACUGCCUGUCUGGAGACUAUGAGAAGCCGUACUGUCAGAUGAGUACCCGUAGUUUCCCGGGCCACUCCUUCCUUACUUUUAAGGGGCUGCGCCAACGCUUCCAUUUCACCAUUGUUCUCACGUUUGCCACUAAGGAACGGGAUGGUCUUCUCCUCUACAAUGGGCGUUUCAAUGAACGGCAUGAUUUUGUUGCAUUGGAAAUAGUUCAAGAGCAAGUUCAGCUUACUUUCUCAGCAGGAGAAACCACAAGCACGGUUGCCCCAUUCAUCCCAGGAGGUGUGAGCGAUGGACAGUGGCACACUGUCCACUUGCACUAUUAUAACAAGCCUGUCGUGGGGACGUCUGGAAUUCCACAGGGGCCUUCAGAUGAGAAAGUAGCUGUGGUGACAGUAGAUGACUGUGACACUUCAGUGGCCUUGAAAUUUGGCUCUAUUCUAGGAAACUAUUCCUGUUCAGCUCAAGGGACACAAUCAGGCACAAAGAAAUCCUUGGAUUUGACAGGUCCCUUGUUACUGGGUGGCAUUCCUGACCUUCCUGAGAGUUUCCCAGUACGGAACCGGCAUUUUAUAGGUUGCAUGAGAGACUUCCUGAUUGAUAAUCAAGAUGUAGACCUGGCUGACUUCAUUGCAAAUAAUGGAACUUUGCCUGGCUGCUGUGCCAAGAAGAAUUUUUGUGAUACCAACACGUGCCAUAAUGGUGGAACUUGUGUCAACCAGUGGAAUACUUUCACCUGUGAAUGUCCCCUGGGGUUUGGAGGCAAGGACUGCAAACAAGAAAUGGCAAGUCCUCAGCGUUUCUUGGGCCACAGUAUGGUGAUUUGGAGUAAUUUGGCAUUGAUCAUCACGCUUCCUUGGCACAUUGGACUUAUGUUUCGUACCAGGCAGAGCAACGGUGUCCUCCUCCGUGCUGCAGCGGGGCAGCAUUCUACCAUAACACUUUGGUUAAAUGAAGGUACAGUGCUGAUGACCAUGUACCGAGCCAACAUCCAAAUUUCAGCAUUGAGGCUACACCAGGUGAAAGUGAAUGAUGGUGACUGGCAUCACCUACAAUUGGAGCUGCAUAGCAGCUGGGACAAUCCAGAAGCCCAGUGGUUAGCCAUAAUAGCUUUUGAUUAUGGUUUGCACCAGGUGAUGGCCAAUAUUAGUAGUGAACUUCGUGGACUAAAAAUGUGGAAUUUGAGUAUCGGUGCUAUACUGGGGGAGAAAGGAAACCUGCAGCAUGGAUUCCGUGGUUGCAUGCAGGGUGUAAGGAUGGGGGAGACGUCAGGCAGUGCUAUCACCUUGAAUGUAAACCAGGCUGAGAAAGUGAAUGUGGAGCAUGGCUGCAGUAUCCCAGACCCUUGUGACUCCAAUCCUUGUCCUCUCAAUAGCUACUGCAAUGAUGAUUGGGAUAGUUAUUCCUGCAGUUGUGAUCCAGGUUACUAUGGAGACAGCUGUGCCAAUGUCUGUUCCUUUAACCCCUGUGAGCAUCAAGCCAUUUGUGUCCGCAAACCCAGCUCAUCCCAUGGCUACACCUGUGAGUGUCCUGACAGCUACUUUGGGCCAUACUGCGAGAACAAGUUAGCCCAGCCCUGUCCACGGGGAUGGUGGGGGCAUCCUAUAUGUGGCCCCUGCAACUGUGAUGUUGAUAAAGGAUUUGACCCUGACUGCAACAAAACUAAUGGAGAGUGCCACUGCAAGGACAAUCACUACCGUCCAGCAGAUAGCGCUGCAUGUUUCCUCUGUGACUGCUACCAUACCGGCUCAUUAUCUCGCACCUGUGAAGCUGAGACUGGGCAGUGCUCCUGCAAGCCAGGUGUCAUUGGACGCCGCUGUGACCGCUGUGACAAUCCUUUUGCAGAAGUUACCAUCAGCGGCUGUGAAGUGAAUUACGAUAGUUGCCCACGUGCCAUUGGAGCUGAUAUUUGGUGGCCCCGCACCCGCUUUGGUUUACCUGCAGCUGCACCUUGUCCUCGGGGAUCUGUAGGGACUGCUGUGCGGCACUGUGAUGAACACAAGGGCUGGCUGGCACCCAAUCUUUUCAACUGUACCUCACUGACUUUUGCUGUUCUCAAGGAUUUUGCAGAAAAAUUGCUGCGAAAUGAAUCAUUUUUGGAUACAGAGCAGUCUCAGUGGGUAGCUCUCCAGCUUCGCAAUGCUACACAAAACACCGAGAGCUUCUUUGGCAGUGAUGUCAAAGUGGCUUUUCAGCUCUUAGCUCAACUUCUGAAGCAUGAAAGCAACCAAGAAGGCUUUGGCUUGGCUGCUACCCAGGAUGUUCACUUCACUGAGAAUUUGCUUAAGGUAGGCAGUGCUUUACUGGACAACAGCAACAAGCAUCAUUGGGAACUGAUUCAACAGACAGAAGGUGGCACGGCACAGCUGCUCAGACACUUUGAGGACUAUGCAAGCACUCUGGCCCAGAACAUGCGCAAGACGUACUUGAACCCAUUUACCAUCAUCACACCCAACAUUGUUAUUUCGGUGGUGAGGCUAGAAAAAAUGAACUUUGCUGGUGCCAAACUGCCCCACUAUGAGACACUCCGUGGUGAGAAACCAGCCGAUAUAGAAACUACUGUCAUCCUGCCUGAAAGUGUAUUCAAGGCUCCAGAAGGCAAACAAUCUUCUGUGGCCAGUGCCAAACAUUUGCCAGGAACCAAUGAGGAAGAAGAACAUGCCCUUAUGACAAGGCAGAAGAGACAUCCAGAUCUAAGUGAGGGCCAGGCCAUUGCCAGUGUGAUCAUCUACCGCAACCUGGCAAGUCUGCUUCCAGAGCAGUAUGACACAGAUAAAAGGAGUCUAAGAGUCCCCAAGCGCCCUAUCAUCAACACCCCAGUGGUGAGCAUCAGCAUCCAUGACAAUGACGCAUUGAUGCAACGCGCCCUUGAGAAACCCAUCACUGUGCAGUUUCGGAUGUUGGAAACUGAGGAGCGGACCAAGCCUAUUUGUGUCUUCUGGAACCACUCCAUCCUGGUCAGUGGGACUGGUGGCUGGUCAGCUAAAGGCUGUGAGGUUGUCUUCAGGAAUGAAACGCAUGUCAACUGCCAGUGUAAUCAUAUGACAAGCUUUGCUGUGCUGAUGGACAUUUCCCGAAGAGAGAAUGGUGAGAUCCUACCCCUGAAGACGAUCACAUAUAUCUCCAUUGCUGUGACGCUGGGCAGCCUCCUGCUUACUUUCUUCUUCCUGGCUGGAUUGCGAACUCUGCGAUCCAAUCAACAAAGCAUCCGCAAGAACCUAGUGAUUGCGCUAUUUUUUUCUGAACUCGUCUUCCUACUGGGCAUCAACCAGGCUGAUCUGCCAUUUGCCUGUACCGUCAUUGCCAUCCUGUUGCACUUUCUGUACAUGUGUGCCUUUGCCUGGGCAUUGCUAGAAGCAUUGCAUAUUUACCGCAUGCUGAGUGAAGUGCGAGACAUCAACUAUGGCCCGAUGCGGUUCUAUUAUAUGGUCGGAUGGGGUGUGCCAGCAUUCAUCACUGGACUUGCUGUGGGCCUGGAUCCUGAAGGAUAUGGAAACCCAGACUUUUGCUGGCUCUCCAUCUAUGAUACUCUGAUUUGGAGCUUUGCUGGUCCCAUUGCUUUUGCUGUUGCAAUGAGCGUCUUCCUCUAUGUCCUGGCCACCAAGGCCACUUGUGCAGCUCAACAGCAAGGUUUUGAGAAGAAGGGGACAGUCUCUGGUCUACGGUCGGGCUUCAUCUCUCUGCUGAUCAUGAGUGUCACCUGGUUGCUGGCUCUGCUGUCUAUCAACAGUGAUGCCAUCCUCUUCCACUAUCUCUUUGUGGGCUUCAACUGCUUCCAGGGACCUUUAAUCUUUCUCCUCUGUGUCAUCUUAUCUAAAGAAGUGAGAAAGGCUCUCAGAUCUAUUUGUGGAAAGAAGCACAGCACUGAUCCUACACUCACUACCAAAUCUACCUUGACAGCAGCUUAUAUUUGCAACAAUACCUACGUGGAUGGGCAAUUGUACCAUACGCCAUUUGGGGACUCCACUGGUUCCUUGCAUAGCACUGUCCGCUCAGGCAAGAGUCACCACAGCUACAUCCCUUUUGUGCUCAGGGAGGAGUCUGGCUUGAACAAUAGCCAGGUACACAUUGGGCCUGCAGAUCCCAAUUCUUUGUUCUUGGAAGACAAGGAUCAGAACAAUGAACGUGAUACUGAUUCAGAUAGUGACCUUUCCAUGGAGGAUGACCAGAGUGGUUCCUUUGCUUCCACCCAUUCCUCUGACAGUGAAGAGGACGAAGAAUUUCCCAAGGAACCCUGCUGGGAGAACUUACUGUGUCCUAACAAUGAGAAGCUGCCAUCACUCAGCACUCCAAAGGUAGAUAACAUCUCUGGACCUGGAAAACCUUAUUGGCCGGGUGACUUUGUAACCACUGCCAGUGAGAGCGAUGGCCACCCUGGCUCAGAGUCGCUGCGGGUAGAACCAAUGGGUAAGAAUGACCGGCUGGGACUGACAGAGGAGUUGGCCAGAGAGAAUGGAGAGGGCAUCUUGGGCUCACUGCCUCACCCCACUGCUCAGCCCCAGAAAGGCAUUUUAAAGAAAAAAUACCUGCCACCCAUCAGUGAGAAGAGCAGCAUCCAGCGCAUCCAUAACAAGCUCUCCAGCUGCCGCUCAGGGAUGGUAUCAUUGCAUGGUUCUUCGGGGAGUGAUGGCAGCCGUGGGGGUGGGGUACCCCGACCCCGACAAACCCUACAGGAGCAGCUCAAUGGCCUUACACCUAUCACCAUGAGUAUAAAGACUGGCACAGUGGAUGAGGACUCUUCAGGCUCCGAGAGCGAUGAAACCUCAAUCUGAUGUCGCAUGCACCAGGCUCUCUCUGUCUCUCACACACGUUUGGUCAGUCUGGGAGCCAGGAUUGCUCUCAAACCACAGCGAGGAAUGUUGUCUCCGUCAGCCCGGCCUGGCCCAGGGAGCUGGACAGUGGUAUGUAGUGCCAAAUGAAAAGUGACCUGCCCCCCCACCCCCCCGGGGGGGAACAGCGGGUUCCAGGAGGCGGACCUUGUCGAACAGAUGCACUUUGGAUCAUUCUAAAAUGGACUGAAAGAACAUAAACUUAACCACCUCCACGUCUUCAGGGAUUUUCAUGCUUUGUUGCCCAGUCUGGAAGUGCUGCGUGUCUGGAAUAUAUAUAUUUUUUUCUUUGUCAAAAUUGGUCUGGGGGAGCCUCAGCAGCCACCAUGUGGACAUGAUGUAUUACUGUGCAGAUGUUUUCAUUGAAUAUUUGACAAUGGGGUGGAGCUAGGGGCCAGUAUGCUUGAAGAUGGCUGCAACUAGGAGUCACCAAGAACUGUAUGUUUUGACUCGAGUAACAAACCAGGAUCAGCCUAGUUUUGGAGGGACACCAUCCUGGGCUUCUCCUAGGAUGGAGGGAAAUAGCACCUUUUAAAUGGAAGCUGUAGGGUGUAGCAGACCUGGCUGUGCAGAGGACGCGUGUGAGGCCUACAUUCCGUAAGAACCACAGCUGGCUUUGCGUUGCAUCUGGAGGCACAACCCAGAGCCUCCCUUUGCAGCAUAUGUGUGUCCACCAGCCAUGGUCAUGGUUUUUUUCUGAUCCAGCAGCGUGCAUCUAAACACACCUUCCAAGGUGCAAUUGAAGCAUACUUAAUCCAGGGUGCACUUCAAUCUCGGGCUCUCUGGCACGCACUGAAAAAUGGGAAUCUAGCAUCUUGGUUUUGCCAUACUAAGCAAUUAUAGAAUAGGAAAGAAAUUAAUCAUCCAAAUAGCUUUUCCAGAAUGCUGUCCUGCAGGGUAGCACCAGUUCCACCAGUUGCACUUUUCUGGCUUAAGGAAAGGUUUUUUUAAAAAAUGUUGAAAGAGUAGGCUUGUUCCAGACCUGCUAGCCAUCUCCCCAGGAUGUUCAUCGCCAUCACGCUGCCUACAUUCAUGGACUGUACAGUUGAGCGUCAGCUGUGGAUCUUGCUCUUCUCUGGCAAGUUGCUUACUCCAGCCUUGGGUGCUUCAGAUUGCAGUGGGAUCAGGGACAGAGGACCAGCAUGUCCACUGGCAUCAAUGGAAACGUUCCUCCUUGGAUCAUGGUUACUUUCAAACUGCUUUGUUUGACAGCCAAUUCUCCAAGCUCAGCUCACCAUUCCAGGAACUUGGCCCCAUCGGAAUGCUCCCAAGAGGCAGCCCAUAAGGUGUUGAGCGCCACGGGCGUGGCCUGCUGAGCCAUCAGUCCAUGCUGCAAUUAUUUUCGUAGAA